UUUGAGAUGGCCGCAACAGCGAAGCAGAGCAGAGCGGCGAACGACAGCAUACUCAGCAGCAUGGCAGCGACAACGUUCCUGCCGACCUUAGAGGCGGAAUCUCAUAGAUUCUUACAGCCGGAUUUGCCACUCUACACCGAUGCCGUCGCAUACCUGAAAAACGUCCUCGACCCGCUGGCCAAGGACAUCAGUGCGGAGCAGCAGCAACGAUUGAAGGAGUCGCGCAAGAAGAGGAAGCGAGGCGAGGGUGGUGACGAAGAAGUGCUACGUUUGCGGCAGAUACAUACAGAUGGCUUCAGCGUCGAGCAGGUGUGGGAACAAGCACGAAGAGUACUCGAUGCAGCGGCGGAUGAGGUCCAGCGCGAAUACGAGAAAGUGCAGGAACAACUCGAGGGAGACAGCGACGAGGAUGGUGCUGAUGCGCAAUCAGGCUUGGACGGGGAGGAUGAGGACCUAGGAGUGGAAGGUGUGGACUAUGAAGUCGAGGGAGUAGAUGACGGCGAGGAGGAGUAUCACUCUGAUGGGGAUGAGGACGAAGAAGACGAGCUGGACCUGAAUGGUGAUACGCACGACGACUUCGACGAAAUGGAAUUAGACGAAGACGAGGACGAAGCAGAGGUACCAGCAGCAGAGUUCGUGGAAGACAAAUUUGGCUUGAACGACGGCUUUUUCUCAAUCGAUGACUUCAAUAAACAAUCCGAGUUCUUGGAGCAGCAGGAUUUCCGAGGCGAAGCCGAAGUGGAAGAGGAUGACGAGGAAAUCGACUUUGAUGCAGAUCCCAUGGCGCAAGCUUCAGCUGGCGCAAAUGGAGACGCUGGCGCUGACGAUGAAGAAAGCGAAGGCGAAGAAGAUGGACCUACAUUCGGCGAUCCUGAUGCAGAGAGCGAAGACGAAGAUGAAGAUGGUGAAGGUGUUGGAGACAUGGAUGCAAUGGGCGGCAUGGGAAAUACCAACAGCAUAAUGUACAAGGACUUCUUCGCGCCGCCAGCGCAGAAAAAGCGCAAGAACAAGAAGGGGCGACCGAACCCGCACAACUUUCCCGAAGCGUCUGCUUCGAAGUCGACAAACGGUGCGGCACAGGAAGAGUGGGCCGAGCCAGAGGACAUGCAGCGGACCAUGGAUGCGGUACACCGUGACCUGUUUGAGGAGUCAGAUGAAGAGGAAGAGGAAGAAGACGAAAAGCCUGAUCCAGCCGAUCCUCGAUCGCGUCGUUCAGCGCAUGAGCGUCGAAAGCUGCAGCUACAGGAGGAGAUCCGGAAGCUCGAAGCUGCCAAUGUAGCCAAACGUGACUGGCAGCUUUCAGGUGAGGCGCGCGCGGCCGACCGCCCUGUCAAUGCACUUCUCGAAGAGGAUCUGGACUUUGAAAGAGCUGGCAAACCUGUACCAGUCAUUACCGCAGAAGUCAGCGAAGACAUUGAAAGUCUGAUCAAACGCCGCAUCCUUGCCUUUGACUUCCAAGACAUCAUAAAGCGACGACCAGACGAUCUUGCCACUGGAAACGGGAAGCGUGGCAAGCUUGACUUCGAGCUCGAUGACACCAAGAGCAAGAAAGGCCUGGCCGAGGAGUAUGAGGAAGAAUACUCUCGCAGAACAGAUCCGAACUACGUGGACGUCAAAGACGAGAAACUGGCGAAGGAGCAGAAAGAAAUCGAAGCUCUGUGGAAAGAAGUUUGCGGCCAGCUCGAUGGCCUCUCAUCUUGGAACUUCAGACCCAAAGCACCAGCACCUCAAAUGGACAUCCGUGUCGACGCGCCAGCCAUCACAAUGGAAGAUGCACGACCCUCAGCUGGUGGUGAAGUUGCCGGCGCAAGUCAACUGGCACCUCAAGAGAUCUACAAAGCCGGCGAGGGCAGCAAAGCCGAUAAAUCUGAAGUUGUCGGCAAGUCUGGGCUGCCUGCCGGACGAGAAGAACUUGAUAAAGAUGAACGGAAGAGGAGAAGACGACGAGAAAAGGAACGCAUUCGGAAAGCUAGCGGGAAUGCGGAAGGUGCGAAUGGGAAGCCGAAGGAGAGUAAGGCUAAGAAGGCGAAGAAGGAUAUGCUUGGGGAUCUCAAGAAGGGUGGUGUUCGCGUUAUUGGAAAGAAGGGACAAGUUACUGAUGUGGAGGGCAAUGAAGCACGCAAUGAGACUGGCGGACAAGGUGCAGGGAGGUUCAAAUUGUAGGCAAAGAUGGAAAUGUACUA